AUGCUAACCAACACUGGACGAUUUAACGAUCGAUCACCGGGAAUUAGACCGGCUGGAAUACUGGUAGCAGCUGGUGAUACUAUCCAAGAUUGUAUACCAAAGGAUAAUCGACCUACGACCCCAGAAAAAAUAAAAACUUUCCGUCAAGCGAUACUACCGGAAAUUGGAAAGUCACGUACCAACAGAACGAAACUAGAUUUGGUGCAACGUGCUGAAAAGAUGAAUCACGGCAUACACACGUCAUCUUCUGAAUCGGCUGCUGGUCUAGUUAAUCCUUAUCCGCAACCUAUCGUUCAACAAAUACUACAAUUCAGGAAAGAAGAUCAAACUUAUUUAAGUAGAAAGACAGCACCUCUGGGUCAUACUACAAGAAUGAAACCAGGCAUGCCAUCAGAUCUUGACCCUGACUCAACAACUUUUGGCAUUAAAGUUGUUAAAGACGAAUAUGCAAGCGAUGCUGUCAAUCCAAAAAAGUCCCCGAAAGAAGUUCAAGAAGAAAGUUUACAAAAUCAUGACAUCUAUCUUAGAAGUCAUGAAGCGUAUGAGCCUGGAGAGCAAAAGAAGCGUAACUACACCUAUGAAAGUUAUAAUAUCAAUAAAUGUUAUGGUGUACCAACACCUCACAGCAAUGCUGGAAUUCAUGUUGGAAAAGCUCUACAUUGGAUUACUGACAAUAAUAAAGGAACAAAAAUUGUACCUAGCCGUGUUGAAGACUUUCAUGAAAAGUUUCAGCCACAACUUGGAAAAGUCCAUGAUCCCAUUUCUGAUUCGAUGAAGGUUCCAGAAGAUCAUAAAUUUGGAGUUAUCGUUAAACAAGACGAAUGCGAUGCUGGUGAUUUAUUACAUGGCAGAGGUCCUAAAGAUUACUUAAGAGGAAAAGAUAGACUGCGUGGAGUUGUUGCUGCAAUUCGACGCCAAUUAAAGGUUUCUAAUUACUACAAUUUUGAAAGUUUGAAAUCAGCGUUCAAUUUCUACGAUAAGGAUGGAUCAGGUUCUAUAGAUAAUGAUGAAAUGAGAGAAAUCUGCAUGAAAUUCAACCUUCCAAUUGAGCGAGAACUGAUGGAGGAAUUGAUAUAUUACUGUGAUGCUAAUAAUGAUGGAGUUAUUGAUUACAAUGAAUUUGCUAAUUUUUUAAAUUGGCAAGAUAAUGAUGUACCAGCUGUUAGUGCUCGUACCGCCAUAAUCGAUAGUAAAGCUAAAAAUUCCGCAUCGCCAGAGAAUGUUUUUAAAUUGCAAAAGCAAAUUGAUAAAUCAGUUGUUGAUAUGAGAUUAUCAUCUCAAGCGAUUAAUGCAGCUGUCGGAACAGUUCCGACUACUGAUUGGCGAAAAUAUGGUGUACCAACUAUUCGAUCCGAUUUACCAGCACCAAGAGUACGUCGAGUAGCAGAUACACAGAAUUAUGGAGAUGAAUCUGAUGCGUAUGGGUUGAUAUGCCCUUCCAACUUUAGUACCAUUGGUGUAUUCGAAAAUGACUUUUUAGUACCUCGUUCACCUGACGAACUCAGAGAUAUUUUUGCAAACAUUGGUUACAAAUUAUCAGAUGAAGAAUUUCAAUAUAUUUUGAAUCAAGCAUCCGCAAUGAAUUCUAAUGGAAAUGUAAGCGUUGACAGCUUUAACAAGUGUCUAAGAGAAUACCUGAAAAUGAAUAGCAGUCGUUGA